AUGUGGCUAGGCACGGGGGUGCCGAAGGCGACACAAAGCUUGCAUGUUUGCAAGGUGAUGUGCUUAGGCAUGAAGGUGUCGAAGGCAACACAAAGCUCGCAUGUCGCAAGGCAAUGUGGCUGGGCACGAAGGUGUCGAAGGCAACACAAAGCUUGCGUGUCGCAGAGCGAUGUGGCUAGGCACGAAGGUGCCGAAGGCAACACAAAGCUUGCGUGUCGCAGAGCGAUGUGGCUAGGCACGGAGGUGCCGAAGGGAACACAAAGCUUGCGUGUCGCAAGGCAAUGUGAUUGGGCACGAGGGUGUCGAAGGCAACACAAAGCUUGCGUGUUGCAAGGCAUUGUGGCUAGGCACGUGGGUGCUAAAGGCAUCUCUCGCGCCGGUUGA